GUCCAUGCACUAGAUGCCAUCGUAGCCGGAUUUCCUCUGGAAAGGCGCCCCGAGUUUGUCAAUGAAAGCGAUCGGAUUAUACCACUGGUCAUUGCCGGUCAAGAGAUGCAUGUGGAUGGAAACCAAAAGAAUGCCGGGAUUGCCAUGCUAUUUCCUGGCAGAAGCAAAAUUUCAACCCCCGUUCCACAGUGGCAAGAUAUAUGCCUGAUGCUGCAAUAUAAGUCCUCGCCUUCCGAUGACCCAAUUUCGCAAAUUCGAAGCUCUGGUCAAGUGGAGGAAGGCUGCUUCAUACAACUCUUCCAAGCUGCCCAGAACAUGCUUGCGGCAAAUCGAUCUCUCUUUGUGUUCGUUAUAGGGUUAUACGGCAGCAUGGCAAAAAUAUUCCGCUUCGACCACAGUGCCGUGGUGGCGUCUCCUUCAUUUAGCUAUUUAGCACGCCCGAACAUGCUGCGAGAAUUUCUGUGGCGAUUCGUCAAUCCUGCCGCUGGCGGUACAGUCGUUGGCUCUGACCCAUCUAUCACCAUCCCGACAUCUGAUGACUUGCAAUGGGCGACAAGCAUCCUGCGUGACCGGGAGCUGCCCGUCGAAGUCCUCGGUUCCAGUCGCUGGUACACCGUAGAACCUCCCACCCGCGGCGUUACUCCGCGCCAAUUUCUCGCAUUCAGGCCUAUCGAUGUGCAUACCGCACUGUUCUCACGAGCGACAAUGGUUUGGGAAGUGUUAGGACGAGGAGAGGAGAGCGGACAGACGUAUGUCCUCAAGGACGCUUGGCGGGCCGUGUGGAGUAACGUAGAGACGGGAUUCUACGAACGCAUUCGCAGAAGCUUGGCCACAGGCGAGGAGCUCUUCGGUAUCGCUGACAUGAUCUGCGGCACGGACCUUGGAGGGCUUGAGAUAUCCCGAGCGAUGCGGGAUCCUGCAACCCCAUCAGUCAAGCUGGAAGCGUCAGAAGUCGACCUUAGAAAUGCUACCGAAAAGAGCUCCCGCCAUACAAGGGCAGCUAAAAGACGACAUGCUGAACGCCCCAGUGUGAUGAAUGCGAACGCUCCAUGCCAUCGGACAAUUUCAUCAUUCGGCAAUCUUGGAAGGCACCCUAAAGACGAUCGAACACAUAUGCGGCUCGUCUUCAGGCCAUUAGGACGGCCGCUCGAAGACUUUAAGGACACAAAGGAACUUGCGCAAGUUUUGCGCGAUGCGAUCAUUGGGCACCGACAAGUCUACAAAGCCGGUAUCCUUCAUCGCGAUGUCAGCAUUGACAAUAUCAUGAUCGCCAAUGGACAGCCAUAUAAGGGCUUCAUCACGGAUUUCGACAUGAGUGCGUUUUGUACUGGUAUCGAGCGCGGAGGGAAAACCGUAAGUUUUGAAUCGCCAUGA